ACUCACCGCCAUCUCCUGCUUCGCAAUCCUUUCAGCCUCACCCAUACCCGCGACUAGUGGCGUCGCUAGCGUCCCACUCCUCAGCCCACGUUCCUGUCCACCGCCGUUUAUAAAAGUUGCCUCCAAGCGUACACGAGGCCGCCUGCGGACGUAGCACGCCCCGAUGCCUUUGGGACCGUACAGCUUGGGUAUGGAAGUGCACGUCACGAUGCCGACGAACGAGCGCGCCAAUCUCCUUGAUCGGCUGGAUGACGCCCGUCUCGUUGCUCACGGUCAUGAUGGAAACCAGUGCCGUGUCUGGCCGAAUGGCCUUCUCCAUCUCAGCGAGGUCGAUGAUACCGUUCUUUGUAGGCGGAGGAAGUCACAUCGAACGCCUCUUCUUGCAGCUUCCGGCAGGAGUCGAGGACGCGUCGCAUUUGUGUUCCUAAGCAUCACAGAGCGGAAUGAGCGGGUCCAAGUUCAGUGGACGGCUCUAGCUCCGAAAACGUACUGUAGGGUGGUGAUAACGCGCUCCUUUUUGUCCUUAUGGAACCGCGCAACACCCUUGAUAGCCAUGUUAUAUGACUCAGUCGCGCCCGAGGUGAAUACGAUGUCAUUUGAGUCAGCAGCGCACUUGUUCCAAACCAGAAACUGCCUGUGCCUUGUGCGCUACGACUUUCAAGCGAAGAUGAUCCAUCGCAGUAUUUGUGCAGAAGCAAUCCGCCCGGCGAAAAGGAAGUCCACUGAGCGCCUCUGGGCCCCUGGGUGCCGAUAUUGGAGAUCGCGUCGCCAGCCGCGGCUACAAGGAGGCUAUGUGAUCUAGGCGAAACAAACUGUGCAGUGGUGUCCGUCGUGUGCGCUGAUUUGGGACUCGGUAAUCUCCGCGUCCGAAAGACAUGAUUGCAUUCUUUGUCGACAAGCAGUGCUUGGUUUUGAUGAGUUCAUAAAGGUUUCGGUACACUCUUGUAGCCAAGGCUUCAGAUGUACAUGUGUUGGUCUUCACAGCAGGAAUACGAUGUAGGACAGAAUGAUGCGCAACGUUCACCGUUUGUUCCUUGAUGGGAAAACAUACGGAAGUUGAGGUCUCCGAGACUGGGCGCUUGCGCCAUAUUUGCAAAGC